GGCGCUGCUCCCUCCCGCGGCCGCCCACGCCAUGUCGGAUUUAACGCUGAACCUGGACUUCACCGUCGGCAAGCCCAAGAAGCUGGCUCAGCCCAACGUCAAGCACCAGCACUUCCUGAAGAGACGCGCCUACCUGGAGAGGAGGGGCUACCUCAGCAAGAAACGGGGGUCCAGGGCGGCGCCGGAGAGGGGGUCCAGCUUGCCGCCGGCGGGGUGGUCCAACGCCUCCAAGCCCUGCCAGCCGGCGCGGGCGCCCCUCCCCGGCUCGUGUGCCGGCGUCACCAACGGGGCGCAGACGCCAAGGAGCCGGCCGCCGGGCAAGGGGGCCAUCCGGCCGUGGAAGGGCCCCUCCCCCUCCUCCUCCCGACCGCCGGAGAGGGACCUGCUCCUCGGCGAGUGCCAGAGCAGCCUCCCGACCCCCGCCCGCGGCACCGGCACCGGUACCACCGCCCCCCCAUCCCGGCCCUACAAGUGCGUGGCCCUGGAUUGCGAGAUGGUGGGCACGGGCCAGGGGGGGAAGAGGAGCGAGCUGGCGCGGUGCAGCGUCAUCGGCUACGACGGAGACCUGGUCUACGAUAAGUACAUCCUCCCCCCGAACCCCAUCACCAACUACCGUACCCGCUGGAGCGGCAUCCGCAGGCAGCACAUGAAAAACGCCACACCCUUCAAACUGGCACAGAAAGAGAUAUUGAAGGUCCUUUGCGGCAAGAUUGUGGUCGGCCAUGCAGUGCACAACGACUUCAAGGCGCUCAACUACUUUCACCCGCAGUCGCUGACCAGGGACACCUCGAAAAUCCCGCUCCUGAACAGGAAGGCGGGCUUCCCCGAGAAGGAAUCCGUAUCCCUGAAGCGACUGACAAAGCAGCUGCUUCAUCGAGACAUCCAGGUGGGGAAACAAGGCCACUCGUCCGUGGAAGAUGCCCGGGCCACCAUGGAGCUCUACAGACUGGUGGAAGCUCAGUUGGAGCCUGAGGUUGGAGGACAGCCGGGCCAGAAGUAGCAGGCGUGUGGAGGGUGGGGUGAGGGGCAGAGCUACCCCCCCUCCCCCCACCGAACACCAGUGAGCUUCCUGCCUGUGAUGAUGUCAGAAAUCCCCCUCCUUUCUGAGAGCAGGAACAGGCCAGUAUGGGAAACUUUCCCUGAAGAUGGCAACUCGGACAUGGACGAUACAUAGACAUGGGACCUAGCAAGCGAACUGAUGCUAAGAUGGUUGAGGGGUUAUAAAGUACUGAAGUUGUGUUUUUAUAUUAAAAGAAACAGAUUCUUACACACACCUACAAAACGCGCACCCUUCACAGUCACACACACACACACACUCUCAUACAUACCGCCUCUCACACACACACACACUCCCAUUCUCUCGCCCCCCCCCCCUCUCUCGCCCCCUCCCUCUCU